CUGGACGUUCCCUCCUCGUAUUAAGGACAUGAAAGGGAGCGAUACUGUCCGACUUCUGCAACCUGCUCCGAAAACAGGACCACGAAUAUGAAAAAAUAUUAAAUAACGGCCAAAUAAAGGGGACAGAAUAAGAGUUAAAGGAAGGUCGAUCUUUACUUUUCGGGGCUGUUGUUGCACUGCCUGGACAGCUGCUUUGGACAAGCGGUUUGUGCUAUCCAUUAAACUGAACUCUGGACUUGAAACAUGACUCGAACAUGUCCAUUCGUUGUCGGGAUCGCCUGCUUUGCGAUUCUUGGUUGCGUGACAGUAGUCCAGUCUCAGGUCACUCUGGAGGUGACAGAGGGAAACUCCACCUGUAUAAAAGCUGAACUCUCCGCCUCCUUCUCCAUCACCUAUGACACCGCCAACGGCACGCGUACGGUGAUGGUGCCCCUCCCAGGGUCGGCGGUGGUGGGUGUGGCCAGCUCGUGUGGGGGUGACGGCCGCUCCCCCUGGCUCGUGGCGUUGUUCGGGGAUGGCCACACCCUGGGCCUCAGCUUCUCAUCCAAUGACACUCUGUACAGCGUCGCUAACCUCACCCUGCAGUACAACCUCAGUGAUGUCGCUACCUUCCCAGAGGCCAACGGCACCGAUGUGGUAACUGUGGAGACGACCUCUGUAGGGAUGGUUGCUAGGGUCAACACCACCUACAGAUGUAUCAGCGCCUCAUCUGUCAUAGUGGGAGGAGCCACCGUCACCUUCUCAAACGUCACGAUGGAGGCCUACAUGACAGGAGACGAUCUGAGCCCCGACGAGAGUGUGUGUACUGCUGACCAGAGCUUCACCACAGCCCCGCCUCCACCCCCCUCCACCACCACAGCAGCCCCCGCCCCCGUCCCCACCCCCCCUGGAACCCCCAACCAGGGCAGCUACUCUGUCUCCAAUAGCAACGGGACCGUCUGUCUGCUGGCCCGCAUGGCACUGCAGCUCAACAUCUCCCACUUCUCUGCCUCACAGAAUAAGACUAUCCAGGAAGUAGUAAACCUGCUGCCCAAUCAGACGACCAGCUCAGGAUCAUGUGACCCCACCAGCGCCACCCUGGUGCUGACGCAGGGCAGUGCCACCAACCUCAGCUUCCUGUUUACUCUGAACACCACGUCUAACAGGUACCACCUGACUGGUCUGUCUGUGGUAGCAGCUUGGUCUGAUAUGACAGCCCCGUUCAACACCAGUAACAGUAGUCUGGACUACCUGCGUGGCUCCCUGGGGCGUAGCUACAUGUGUAUUUCAGAACAGACUCUGGCUGUAGACCAGAACUUCUCCCUUAACACCUUCCAGCUGCAGGUCCAGCCCUUCGGCAUCACCAGAGGACAGUUCACACAAGCGGAUGAGUGCCAGUUGGAUCAGGACAACAUGUUGAUUCCCAUCGUCGUGGGAGCCGCUCUGGCCGGCCUGGUUCUCAUCGUUCUCAUCGCUUACCUCAUCGGCAGGAAGAAGAGCCAUGCUGGAUACCAGACUAUCUGAGAACACUGACACACAACCUGUGUGUAUCAAACGCCACCCUAUUCCCUAUGUAGUGCACUACUUUUGACCAGAGGUCUAUGGGGUAGUGCACUACUUUUGACCAGAGGUCUAUGUGGAUUCUGGUCAAACUUAGUGCACAAUAUAGGGAGUCUUUUCAGACAAGACUGCAGAGAGACGGACGCUCCAACUGGACCAUGUACAAACCAAGCCCUCUCUGCUGUGUGUGUGUGUGUGUGUGUGUGUGUGUGUGUGUGUGUGUGUGUGUGUGUGUGUGUGUGUGUGUGUGUGUGUGUGUGUGUGUGUGUGUGUGUGUGUGUGUGUGUGUGUGUGUGUGUGUGUGUGUGUGUGUGUGUGUGUCCUCUAUAUAUUGUUAUUCACAGCAGCUCAUCCUCUGCUACCUACUAACAGACUACUGCCUGGUCAAACCUACCAUCCCCCUCGUCUCUAGCCCAUCUCUACUGCAGCUGGCUCAGUAUACCUUUUUAGUUCUGAUAUCAUUUCAUGUUUGACUUGGGUGGAUUCUCGCUUUAAUAGGAAUUGAAAGAUUUUUUUUUUUUUUUUGCAGUUUUUGUGUAAAUUUAAACUGAUAUUAAAUGAUAUAGUAUUCAACUCUUAUGGAAGAGUGGGUCUUUCCUAGAACCACGUUUUGUGAUGGACUCAACAAGCUUCCCUUCCUUCCUCAUCUCCUUUCCUUCAGGACCACCAUCUUUUCUAUGACAUCACCUAGGGAGGUCCGAAGACUCCUGUGGGGGAAAAAAAGGGAAACUUGAAUGUCGAACAACUCCUCUGGUCAGAAAUACUGACCGGAUUAUCUUGUAGGUCACAAGAACAUUUGACAGGCCUUGUGGUGGUGGUGGGAGUUGUGUUUACUGCAUUUCAAAACAAAGGCUUGUGGACGACGUUAGACUGAGGAACAAGGUUAAGGUUGUUACAUGAUGGAUGUGUUGAACUGGUGUGAAAUAUAGUUCAACUCCUCCCAUGAGAUUGUGUUGAUAUCGAUUGUAGCUAGUUAAUCUUUUUAUUUUUGUAGAGAAUGCUUUGAUCAUUUUUCUAUUAUGCAUCUUGCUAAGGUCAAUAAAAGACAUUUGAAACUUU